AUGGAUCCGAUGGACAUCGUGGGCAAGUCCAAGGAGGACGUCUCCCUCCCCAAAUCAGCAACAAUGACCAAGAUUAUUAAGGAGAUGCUACCGCCUGAUGUUCGAGUAGCAAGAGAUACACAAGAUCUUCUUGUUGAAUGCUGUGUAGAGUUCAUCAAUCUUCUUUCUUCGGAAUCCAAUGACGUGUGCAGCCGGGACGACAAGAAGACUAUUGCUCCUGAACAUGUUAUUAGGGCUCUGCAGGAUCUUGGCUUCAAGGAGUACGUUGAAGAAGUUUAUGCAGCCUACGAACAGCACAAGCUUGAAACUCUGGACUCUCCAAAAGCAACCAAGUUCACUGGUAUAGAGAUGACUGAAGAAGAAGCUGUUGCGGAACAGCAGAGAAUGUUUGCUGAAGCCCGAGCAAGGAUGAACAAUGGAGCUGCCAAACCAAAGGAGCCUGCAUUAGAACCACAGAAUCAACCCCAACAGCCCCCACAACCUCAACUGCAGCUGCAUCCUCAAGCACAGCAGCCUCCACAACCCCAAUCGCAACUGCAUCAUCCUCAAUCACAGCAGCCCCUGCAUCCUCAACUGCAACCGUAUACUCAGGCUCCACCACAGCAACCCCUGCAUCCUCAACUGCAACCGUAUACUCAGGCUCCACCACAGCAACCCCUACAACCUCCACUGCAGCUGUAUCCUCAGGCUCAACCUGAGCAACCCCUGCAGCCUCAAUCCUCAGGAUCAACCACAGGAACCUGUGUAAUCUCAACUGCAGCUCCAUCUACAACCGGCACCACUGCUGCUGCAACCGCCGCCCCAGCAAUCCCCGCAAUCUCAACUGCAGCUCCAUCAGCAACCCCAGCCGACGCUAGUGCCGCCGCGGCCGCAACCUCAACCCCAGCCACCUGA